AAUACCCGCAUGUUAUAUCAUUCACAACGCCCCGGCGAGCAAAGGAUAUGGAACCGCAAGGUGGAAAGCAGAGGGUAAGGCCAUCAAAGCAGAGGGUAAGGCCAUCAGAGCAGGGUGGUGCAUGGCCCAAACCCUCGCUCUCAAGAGAGUAUAGAAACAGUCGUUCAGACCGUCGCAGAGAACCUGAUUACAGCGACGAAUCGCCGAGCGACUCCGCCUCUCCCGACGAGGCGCAAAUUGGUAAACAGAAGCCAAACAAGGCGAAUCGGUUACCAUCUUCCGGGCGAUUGACACCGAUACAAACUACUAUUUCGGAUGACAGAAGUCAAGGAAGUGAAUUUCAUCUCAACAGUCACAUUCUCUGUGCCUUAGAGAGAACAACUACAGAUGAUAAAUCUGGCAAACCUGUCAAACCUCGCGAUUUUGCCGAAUACUCCUAUAGCAAGUAUGGCGAGUAUAUCCCGACGAGAGAAGAUAAAGGUACCUAUAUCUAUAAGAACGACGGUACUCCACGCACACGCUCCUACUACGCUUUACAAGACGAUCAAAGGCAGUCAAGUUUGCUAGAAGACCUAAAUGAGAACCGUCCUGUAUGGCGUACAGCGCCAAUGAAACCGCCACACAUAUAUAUGGGUAAUUUAUAUCAGAAAGAGCAAGAGCAAAGGCAGAAACUAUUGCUCCUACAGCAGCAGCAGCAACAACAACAACAACAACAACAACAACAACAACAACAACAACAACAACAACAACAACAAGAUUCUAUGGAACGCACUGACUCAUUGAACUCUGCUCUUCAAUUAAUAACAAGAGCCCUGAAUAUACAGGACGAGCCAAUGUUGACCAUGGAAACUUUGCAGGCAUACCUGCUGGACCUCAAACUGAAAGGGAAAGCGCAACAAGCAGCUUAUCCAAAAGUUCAAUUGAUACAUCGCGUAUUGAACCAGAGCUUGAACCUAGUAGAUAUGGAGAAACAAAUGUACCUUGAUCAGCCAAUAUGGUUAGAGGGAGCGACAUCACAUAGGGAGGCUCUUGCUGGUAACCUUCCACUGCAGGGCACCUUAUCUUACCUAUCGAAACGCCCGGAGGUCUGUUGUCUUAUAUACAGGGAUUAUGAUGUCACUUAUAUCAAUCGAAUGGAAGUUUUGGAUGAAGACUACGACCUACCAAUUAAGCCAAAACAUACUGCGGAGACCGUUCAGUUGGUGACCGCAAGCCUUGCUGCUGCGGUAGCCAGGUUUCUGAAAUACUACAAUUUCGAUACACAAGACGAUGUUAUCAUGGAAUCAGUCGAACUUUCAAGUCUUUAUAUCGCCAUAUAUCAUGCUCGAGGAGACACCUUGAUACCUUUUUUGGAAACAUUAGAGGAUGAACAACGUGAUCAAUUUCAAGCGCUACUAGAUUUCUUCAUGUCUCAAUACGAGGACGAGUAUAGCCUUGUUGAUCAUAUGACUCGCAGAGGCAUAAUCACACAAGAGUACAUCAAAUAUCUCUUCAAGCCUGGGGACAUUAUUGUAGAAGACCAUGAUCAAGAUACAAGAGGUUAUUUGGCCAUGUCCUGGCUCAAAGACGACGACAGAGAAGAUCGGUCAGACCAAAGCUCGAGCCAGACCGAAACUAAGACAACUUUCAGCAUGAAAGCUUGGAACUGGGAAUUGGAUAGUGUAUUCUCAAGAGAAGUCGGAGCUCUUACUAUACAAUUCGAUGCGAAAGACUACUCGGAGAGAAAAAUUAGUGAUAUGAACAUUCGACCGCUCCUUUACGUUGAAGAGCCCACGAAAACAAGACUGGAAAUAAGAGGACAAUGGUUCUGGAAGUGUCGCAUGAGACGCAUGGUAUGUUACGAUGACACACGAAAAAGCCAACACUACUCUAUUGAUGAACGAUACAUGGUCGAUAUGAUGAUAUAUCACGAAUUACAUAAACUUAACUCCUCCAUACGGCGUCAAUAUAUUGACUAUAUUGACUCUGAAGCACUGAAGCAGGAAAAUCCUCCUGACAAGAAUUUCAUUUAUCUAUCGCCUCUGACAGUAAAGGCAUACAACCUCAAGAGGAAGAAAUGGGUGGAUUUAAAUCUUGACGGGCUCCGCGAUAUUUCUUGGAACACACAAGCGUUUGAGAGCCUUGUGCUCAAGGAAAAAACAAAACGACUGAUUCGAGCCCUCGUAAGCAAUCAAAUCGAAGCAGAAAAAUCCACAGAUCUUAUUAGUGGUAAAGGAAACGGCUUAAUCAUGUUACUCCAUGGGGGACCGGGUACAGGUAAGACCUUGACUGCUGAAAGUGUGGCCGAAAUCGCCAAGAGGCCGCUGUAUCCCGUUACAUGUGGAGAUAUUGGAACGAAGCCAGAAGAUGUUGAGAAGUAUCUCGAGUCCGUUCUCUAUCUGGGCAAGACCUGGGGGUGUGUAGUCUUGCUUGAUGAAGCAGAUGUCUUCCUGGAGCAGCGCAGCUUGGAAGAUCUACACCGUAAUGCGCUGGUGUCGGUAUUUCUAAGAGUUCUGGAAUACUACGACGGGAUCCUGAUCCUGACAAGCAACCGGGUUGGCACCUUUGACGAAGCAUUCAAAUCCCGCAUUCAACUGGCAGUCCAUUACAAUAGCCUGGACUUGGACCAAAGGACCCAGAUUUGGCGCAACUUCACACGGCGUUUAAAAGACCUGAAUGAAGAAGGCAUCGAUUUUGCAGAUUUGAUGGAUAACAUCCCACAACUUGCUCGCAAAGAGAUGAACGGAAGGGAAAUUCGCAAUGCUAUUACAACAGCGAGACAAUAUGCUAGAUGGGAGCGACAGCAGGAUCAGAGUUUCAAGCUGGACUAUAAGGUAAUGAAAGAAGUGAUUGAAACGGCUGGAGAAUUUGACGAUUAUAUCAAUACUUUGAAUGGUGGGUUUACGCAAGAGCAGUUGGCAAAAGAAGACGGGAUACGCUAGUGGGAUUAGUAUCUUGAUAUUAUUUCCUUUUGCAACAUUAUUAUCGAAC